UCAACCUCAUCCAAACGGUGGUCAACUCCGGCACAAAUGGAACCCAUCCAGUCAACCAACAAGCCGGAAACAUUCGACGACGACGAAAACGAGCCAAAAGACACGUACCAACUCGCAUACAUGAUCCACUUUCUUCUUGGUGCAGGGUAUCUGAUCCCAUGGAACGCGUUCAUCACAGCCGUUGAUUAUUUCCAGUUCUUGUACCCGACCAAACACAUCAACAAGGUGUUUUCGGUCGGGUACAUGUCAGCCGCUGUAGCUGUGCUUUUGACGCUCAUGUGUUGGUCUACUUCCAGCCGGAUUAAGCUUCCGUCGGUUCGGGCGCGUAUGAAUAUUGGCCAGGCUUUGUUUAUAUCGGCUUUGAUGGUUGCGCCUGUGACCGAUUGGAUCGUUCAUGGGAAGCAGACUGGGAUGGUGUCGAAUAUUGCUUUUGUGGUGCUGGUUUCUAUGGUUAUGAUAAGUGGGUUGGCUGAUGGAUUAGUGGGUGGGAGUUUAGUUGGUGCUACCGGAGAACUUCCCGGACGGUACAUGCAGGCUGUUUUCGCCGGAAAUGCCACCGCUGGUUUGGUGGUUUCAAUAUUAAGAAUUGUAACAAAGGCGUCACUUCCGCACACACAACAAGGUCUCCGAACAAGCACACAAAUCUACUUCGUGUUCAGUGCACUCAUCAUACUCUUAUGCGUCAUCUGCACCAACGUCUUACACAGAUUACCAAUGAUUCGAUACUACCGCAACCGAAAACACAACAACAACAGCCACAUGUCAAUCUCCUCGAAUUUCUGGGAUGUUGUGAAGAAGAUCCGGUGGCUGGUAACCGCAGUGUUUGUAACCUACGUUGUUUCACUGUCGAUUUUCCCAGGUUAUUUAAGUGAAAACGUUAAAUCGGAUUACUUUAAGGAUUGGUAUCCUAUAAUCCUGAUCACAACUUUUAAUGUUGGUGAUUUUUUGGGCAAGUGUUUAACCGCGAUUUAUGUGCCAAACGGGAGUAAGGGAACCGUGUGGUGUUGUAUGGCUAGGGUGCUAUUUUAUCCCCUUUUUAUGGGGUGUAUACAUGGACCCAAAUGGAUGCAUAGUGAGGUUCCAGUGGUUGUUUUGACCUUGAUGCUUGGUGUGAGCAAUGGGUACCUGACCAGUGUGUUAAUGAUCCUGGCACCGAAGUCGGUUCCUAUCGAGGAAGCGGAGGUGGUUGGGAUCGCUAUGGAGACGGGUUUGGUUAUUGGAUUAGUGGUUGGUUCGGCUUUUGGAUGGCUGUGGAACCUGGAGCACUGAUUCAAAUUGUUAUUGUUAUGAAUAUGAAUAAAUAAAUUAAACUAGGUUGUUGCUGGUUUUAUUCUUAAUUGUCUGUUUUGUAAUGGAUUUUUAUCUAAUGAGAAACAGCCCAAGAUCUGGUAUGGUAA